UGCAUCUCCACUUGUAGACAGAAGACUCUAGAUACCCAAAUCAACAAGCAGGCAAAGAGACCCUGGUUGCUCUGGGUGGGAACACUAGACCUGAGAAGAGCUUGACAGCAUUCCAAAAGCCAAACAUGACUGAGCAAAAUGAGGAAGUCCGGAUUGUUCUGCUGGGGAAGACGGGAGCUGGGAAGAGUGCAUCAGGAAACACCAUCCUGGGGAGAGACACUUUUGAGUCAAAAAUGUCCUCUAUUUCUGUGACAUCAACAUGUGAAAAGAAAAUAGGAGAGAUGGGUGGGCAACAUGUAGCUGUCAUUGACACACCUGGAUUGUUUGACACCAAGUUAACACCGGAGGAGGCACAGAAAGAGAUCUCACAGUGCCUGUUUUACUCCGCUCCUGGUCCCCAUGUGUUCCUGGUUGUGAUCGCGCUUGGAAGAUUCACUGAAGAGGAGAAGGAAACUGUGGAGAUGAUUCAGAAAUUAUUUGGUGUUGAAGCAUCGAAAUACGCCAUGGUUCUCUUCACAAAUGGAGACCUUCUUGAUGAUGAUGAAGUAACAAUUGAAGACUUCCUGAAUGGAAAUACAGAUCUGGAAACUUUAAUUGCCAAAUGUAAUGGUGGAUAUCAUGUCUUUAAAAACAAUGAUCAGAAUCCAUCUCAGGUCACUGAGCUUCUUGACAAGAUUAACAAGAUGGUGAAGUUGAAUGGAGGAAGCCACUACACCACUGAGAUGUUCCAGGAGGCUGAGAGAGUAAUUGAAGAAGAGAAGGAGAGGCUCCUGAAAGAGAACAAAGAACAGAGACUCAGAGAGAUGGAAGAACUGAAGGCAAGGUUUGAAGGAGAACGUCUAAGGGAAGAAGAAGAGAAGCUGAGGAGAAAACAGGAAUGUGAAGCUAGAGAGAAAGCUGAAAUUUUAAGGAAAGGUGCCAUAAUCGGAGCAGUUGUGGGAGUAGUUGGGGGCCCAUUUGGUGUGGGAGUUGGUGCAGCAGUGGGAGCUGGAGUUGCAGCUAUAGUAAAUAGAUGCAGAACACAAUGAGAGUCUAUAGCUAACAGUGCUGUACAUUCUACAAGUUGUUUGACUUCAUUACUUGAUAUUUAAAUCUUCCUCUAUAUACACAGAGUUAACCAAACAUUUGGAACACCUAAUAUUGAGAACUGUUAGAGUAUAAAAGAGUGAAAGUUGGCCUUGCCUUUCCUAUCAUCCUGGAAAAGGGCCUAAAUACAGAGAACACAACACAUUAACUCGUACCUCUUCUCUAAAUUUACAGGAUACAAUCGUUGGAAAUAUAUUUUUUAGUCAUCACUACUUACAGAAUGAACAUAAAGAUAGAUCUGGGUAUCGCACGUUUGAGAGCACAGAAUUGUACAUUUCCCUGUGUAAAGAUGGAAGAUAAGUGUAUUUCUGCCUGUCUGGCUAAAAAGCAAUGCAUUACUGUAAGAUUAAUUUACAGUUGCAGUUACAGCUACCGUUGCUUUCCAAGAAGCAUGAUGAAUGGGAUAUUAACUAUUUAAUGACAAACCACUACUAUUUAUUUCAUAGUUAUUUCAUGGCACUAUAAAAUAAAGGGCCACUGAAAAUA